GGAGGGAGGAGGGGCUGGUGGAGGAAGCAGAAGCAGGAGCGCAGCAGAAGCGAUUGGAAGUGCAUUUAAUUCUGCAGGAGAUGUUUCCUGAGCGUGGGGAAGAGCUCCAGCUGGAUGGAGGAGACAUUUAACGGGAGAAUUUCUCUCUCAGCCUGGCUCACAGUCCGGAAAGAAGGAAGGCUGCGGGAGAGUUAGCGCUAACUUCAUCCGGAACAAAAUAUUAAUAAAGACCCCUAAACACACACACACACACACCGCGGACCUUUAAUCAUCCGAAAUAAAUCACUUUAACCGGACAGCCUGAGAUUUUAUCCAAGAUGGUGCAACAGUAUCAAUCCCCCGUUCGUGUCUAUAAGCACCCCUUCGAGCUGGUCAUGGCUGCGUAUGAGAGGAGGUUCCCUACGUGUCACCUCAUCCCCAUGUUUGUGGACAGCGAUGUCCUUGACGAGGAAACGAGUGACGAUAACUCCACGCACAAAAUCGAGAGGCGGUGCAAGCUGGACGUCGACGCCCCUCGACUCCUGAAAAGGAUCGCCGGCGUGGACUAUGUUUACUUCAUCCAGAAGAACACUCUGAACCGCCGAGAGAGGACGCUGCACAUCGAGUCCCACAACGAGACCUUCUCCAACCGGGUCAUCAUCCACGAGCUCUGCUGCUACUCGGUUCACCCCGAGAACGAGGACUGGACGUGUUUCGAGCAGUCUGCCAGCUUGGACAUCAAAUCCUUCUUCGGUUUCGAGAGCACUGUGGAGAAAAUCGCCAUGAAGCAGUACGCUAACAGCAUCAAAAAGGGUAAAGAGAUUAUCGAGUACUACCUGCGAGAACUGGAGGAGGACGGCAUUACCCACGUGCCCCGGUGGAGCCCCAGCACCUCCCUCGUUCAGCCCGUAGUCACAGUCAUGCCCCCGGCUCCUCCCACUACAGCCCCCAUCGCCAUCGCUACAAACGCAGAGAACGGCAAAGACGCUGCAGCGUGUAAAGAAAGCAGCAGCCCAGUAGGCAGCGCCAACGAGCCGCUCGCUGCCACGCCAGAUGAUAAACUGGAUGCUGACUACAUCAACCGUUACCUGGGUGACCUCACACCUCUGCAGGAAAGCUGCCUUAUACGCCUCCGCAGCUGGCUGCAGGAAACGCACAAGGGCAAGAUCCCGAAGGACCAGCACAUCCUGCGCUUCCUGCGAGCGCGAGACUUCAACAUGGACAAAGCGCGAGAGAUCCUGUGUCAGUCUCUCACCUGGAGGAAACAGCACCAGGUGGAUUACCUGCUGGACACCUGGAGCUCACCGCAGGUCCUCCACGACUACUACACCGGGGGCUGGCACCAUCACGACCGCGAUGGCCGUCCUCUCUAUAUCCUGCGUCUAGGACAGAUGGACACUAAAGGUCUGGUUCGAGCUCUGGGGGAGGAAUCACUGCUCAGACAUGUUUUGUCCAUAAAUGAGGAGGGAUUGAGGAGGUGUGAAGAGAACACCAAGGUGUUUGGACGCCCAAUCAGUUGUUGGACGUGUCUGGUGGAUCUGGAAGGUUUGAACAUGAGGCAUUUGUGGCGUCCGGGCGUUAAAGCUCUGCUGCGCAUCAUCGAGGUGGUGGAGGCGAAUUACCCAGAAACCCUCGGGCGUCUGCUCAUCCUGCGCGCUCCCCGGGUCUUCCCUGUGCUCUGGACUCUGGUGAGUCCGUUCAUCGACGAGAACACGCGGAAGAAGUUCCUGAUCUAUGCCGGGAACGACUAUCAGGGUCCCGGUGGUCUGGUGGAUUACAUCGAUAAGGAAGUCAUCCCUGACUUCCUGGGUGGAGAGUGUCUGUGUGAGGUUCCCGAGGGCGGCCUGGUUCCCAAAUCCCUGUACAGAACCCCAGAGGAACUGGAGAACGACGACAUCAAACUGUGGACGGAAACCAUCUACCAGAGUGCCAGUGUCUUUAAAGGAGCUCCGCAUGAGCUGUUGAUUGAGAUCAUCGACGCCUCCUCCGUGAUCACCUGGGACUUCGACGUGUGUAAAGGAGAUGUGGUGUUUAACAUCUACCACUCCAAACGGGCUCCUCAGCCGCCCAGGAAGGAGGCGCUGGCGUCUCACGGCAUCACUUCGCCCGGGGGCAACAAUGUGCAGCUCAUCGACAAGUCGUGGCAGCUGGGGCAGGACUACAGCAUGGUGGAGUCUCCGCUUACCUGUAAAGAGGGAGAGAGCGUGCAGGGUUCUCACGUGACGCGCUGGCCCGGGUUCUACAUCCUCCAGUGGAGGUUCCACUCGAUGCCUGCGUGCGCCGCCACCAACCUGCCCCGUGUGGAUGACGUGUUAGCCACGCUGCAGGUCUCCUCUCACAAGUGCAAAGUCAUGUACUACACCGAGGUCCUGGGCUCAGAGGACUUCAGAACGGCUUGCUACGAUGUGCAGAGUUUGGGUUCGAUGACAAGUCUGGAGUCGAGUCACAGCGGCUUCUCUCAGCUCAGUGCCGCCACCACGUCCUCCAGCCAAUCACAGUCCAGCUCCAUGAUCUCCAGGUAGAGCCAGGAGACACAAGAUGGAGGACGGGGGAAGACAAAAUAGAGGACGUGGGGACACAAAACGGAGGACAGUGGGGGGGGACUCAAAACGGAGGACAGUGGGGGGGGACUCAAAACGGAGGACAGAUGGGGGACUCAAAACGGAGGACAGAUGGGGGACUCAAAACGGAGGACAGUGGGGGACUCAAAACGGAGGACAGAUGGGGGACUCAAAACGGAGGACAGAUGGGGGACUCAAAACGGAGGACAGUGGGGGGGACUCUAAAUGGAGGACAGUGGGGGGACUCAAAACGGAGGUCAGUGGGGGGACUCAAAACGGAGGACAGUGGGGACACAAAACGGAGGAGAGUGGGGGGACUCAAAACAGAGGACAUUGGGGACUCAAAACAGAGGACAGUGGGGACACAAACUAGAUGACGGGGAAACACAAACUGGAGGACAAAGAAAAAUAAUUAUUUGACCACAGCGCCGUGGUGUUAAAGGGCUUUGAUCUCCGUUGCCAUGGCGCUUGGCUGAACUGCCGGUCAGUUCACUGGGCACUUCCUGUUUCCUCUCAUUCUUUUUCAACAUGUCUGACGGACCGAGCAAAACGAGUACUGUCCAAUCUGGGGGAAAAAACGGGACGAGCUGUUACACACACACACACACGAAGUGCACAGGAAUACUGUAUACAUAGGUUUUUUGUUUUUUUGCAAUAUCGCUGAUGGUUUCAGCAUUUAUAGGUCAAAGGUCAGGUUUGUAAAUGUGGCGAAGCGUCCACAUAAAGCAAUAAACAUUUCUAUUCGUAUUUAUCACGAGCGUGCAACGUGUUUUGGCGGUGUAUAAGGGUGCUCUGUGCUCGAUUAGCUCUUAGCUUGCUUUAUUCUUUUUUUCUUUUUUUUUUUGGCAGAAUUAAUCCUAAAAAAUUAAUUGCGAUGCCUUCAUCCAAUUUACGAACUUGUGAACCGAUCAGUUCCUAUGCAUUGAAAAGCCUGAUUGAUUAAAAAAAAGCGAGGGCUACUUUUUAUGUUUUAUAAGUCAAAAAUGAAAUAAUUAAAGAGUUGGUGUGGGUUUGUAUUGGGAUGCAUUUUAUCGGAAAUCAAGCCUAAUUGCAUGUUAGCAUUAGAAUUAGCAAGACUAAAGUAGAUCUUGUAUUUAAAAAAAUAAAAUAAAAUUUUCAAACACAAUUUCUUAGAUUUAUGGCAUGAAAAGUGUCGAGUAUGACAGCCUGAGUAGUGCAAAAGAUUUCUAAAAAUGUACUGGACGUCUAACAAGACCAUGAAUUAUUAUUAUUAUUAUUAUUAUUAUUAUUAUUAUUAUUAUUAUUUAUACGACAGAUGAAAGAACGAUGACUCUUUCAAUCUCAAGCUAGCAAAGAACGAUGGAUGAAAGAGGCAGGAGUUUUGCAUAAUUUCCUGAUAACAGCUGCUAAUUUUUUGCUCCACUUGUGGAAUAAACAACCUCGUAACUAUGCUAGCUGGCUACCGUUCACUUUUGGUCAAAAGGAAUUUCGUCUUGCGUUAUUUUUUUGCCCAGCUAUUAUUUUUUUUAAUCCUGCUAGCUAGCAAACCGUAACACUCUCUAGCUAGCUGAUUAGCUUUACACGGGGCAUUCAAAAUAAUUUUAGUAUACGAUAAUACGUGGCCUGUCUGGACAUCCGUAGUUUGUUUUGUUUUUUUAUUUACAAAUAGGUCAUGAUGUUACAAGCGACGGUUUAUCAGGUCAGUUUAUUUCUAUAUUUUGUUUAGAUUUUUUCAAAGCGUGCAUUUGAGAAAUAUCAAAAUUGUAAACGUUUUACUGCGUGUGAUCAGGCCGCGGUGUGUGGUGCAUUAGUGCAUAUUAUUAUUAUUGUUAUUAUUAUUAUCAUUGUUAUUUAACUCCUCUCCAUUACAUGAACAAGGGCAUGUUGGUCAAUUAACGUUUACUUUACUCACCCAUGAUACACCUGCGCAGGUGAGUGAUGAGGUCACGCGUUGAGCUGAAGCGAAAAUGACUUCUAGAAAGGUCUCGGCUGUGUUCCAAAUACAAAGUGAUGAAUGUUUUCCAGUAGUUAUGAUAUAAAGUGUUUAUUGUGGUGCUCGCGUGACCAUUUAGUGAGACACUUGGUAGGGAGACUAGUUUAUUAUAAAUGAAGCAGGCAGUAACACUCGACGUUCAGGUCGUUGCUUUGUGCGUGAGAACAUUUCAGGAUGCCGUCCUUUUAGCAAAAUUAAGAAAAACAUAGCUGCGGCUCAAAUCAAAACUGGAAUACUGAGUAUUUCAAAACUUUUGUGUUUAUUUUAGAAGCUGAAGGCAAAUUCGUAUGUCCCGAGUGAUAAGUUUGCGAAAUGUCCAUGGCUUUGUUCCAGGUCCAAACUGGAAAAGAAUGGAAAAGAUCUGCGCUCAAGUAUUUUAACUGAGAGAGAGAGAGAGAAUUGAAUAUAAUGCUCGCUCGACCAUUUACCCGGAUACUUUCAUGCUAUGGUGCUUUUGAACACCAUGUGAUAACAAUGAUGUUAGUGAUACACAGCCAGCAGUGUUCCAAAUCGGAGCUGGAACCCUCAUGUGCCAUGUGUUCAAGACUUGAAAGAGGAAAAAAUAUGAUGCUUGUUGUGGAUUUCGAGUUGCCGUUUAAAGCUUGUUUUAAGCUCCGGAUUUCAGGCUGCGUUCCAAGUCAAAAACUGGAAAUCUCGGGUCGAUUAAACACGCGCAUGUGAGUUCUAGUGUGUACUUGAUGAUGGUGAGGAUUGUAAAAGGUGUUUUUUAAAAAACGUUUCAGAUAGUGAUAUAUGUAUAUUUUUACAUUUUUACAAAGAACAGUCAGAGCACAGAUUCGGAGGAUUUGAGAAGACGAAGUCGUCACGUUUCAACCAUUUUGAGCGUGAUUAUUAAACUGUACUGCUCAUAUUGUUGUCUGCUGUUGUUGUUGGUUUUUUUUUUUAUAGUCCUUGGUGGAAAUCAGAUUGAGAUUCAGAAGGUUUACCGAGAACGUGACGCUCCAGCUUAGCGUAAAUGCAACGGACACUCCAUGUUUUCUACGUAUUUUAAAAGACGAGCGCUCUGAUCGUGUCACGUUUUAACUCCUGAAUCUGUUUUUUUUUUUUGAGUAUGUUCUUCCCAGCCGUUACUCCCGAUGCAGCAUGCUAACGCUAAAUGCUAGCCACUCUUUGGAUGUUGGGAUACGCACAUGACGUCUGUUCUUUCCUCAACGGUUUACAGCGAUGCAACAGACUGGACAAUAUCAUCUCAUUGCAUCGCAUCAGCGUCACGUGGGUUCACGUUUAUUCUCAUGUAAUUAGCAAAGCAAGGCUAACACGAGCGGAGAAACAGGACUAUGCGUGCAUCAGAUUGUGGCUCCGCGCUUUAUAUUAUCGCUCUUGCAACCGAAAAGACGGAUGUGCGCGGCGAUUGUUACAAUUUACAAAUGUUACAGAGUGCACGCUAGCUCAGAGGCACCAGCAUUGCUAAAGAACACAAUUUUAACACAAACCAUGUAGCGUAUUUCAAUUCCGUGCUAAAGGUUGGCCGGAAAUGUGCUUUUUUACAGACGAUUGACUCCUCAGCCCUGCCCUCUUUUUAAAAAAAAAAAAAAAAAAAGUCGGUUGACAAAAUUGAUUUCUGUGAAUUUGCAGAGCAAAGAAAAGCAUCUUUCAUGUCUUGCGUCCUUUCAGAGACUCUGCUUUUCCUUGGUUUCCAGCUGUCUCCAGAUUGAAAAAGUCAUAUUUGCUAUGGAUAAAUGGCGGAGCCUCUGCUAACAAAGCAACUUGUCGCACUUGUGGGCGUGGCCUGCUAUUUAAGGUCAAAAUGGUGAUAGCCAGAACUUACUGCCUGCAUUUAUAUUUUAUGUUAAUUUAUAGCGUGAAAAUUGAGAUGUUACACACACUUUGUAGUUACACGUCGCUAGUGUGAACUUUACUGAUUAACACUUGUCAGUUUUCUGAAGGUAGCACUGGAUUAUGAAACUGAACACGGUCACAUGGUGCAUUUUCAAAACAGCCAAUCAGAGCCUCCCAAUCCAUCUGGUUAUCGUGUAACACGAUUCAGAAUGUAAUCAGCGUUUUACAGAUUUUACUAACUGUUUACGGCUGCUUUCACACUCCGGCUCACGUGACGUGUUCUCUGUAACCAUGGCAACACGCUUACUAGUCCUAGCUGCAGUAGCUAGUCCAGUAUUGGCUAACUAUCUAGCCUGGCUAGCUCCGUGGAAUAUGUUUAUUAUUUGUUAUAUUGGGAAUGCAGAUGAAGUAAAGGUUGGUGUUUUUUCUUAGGUGCAGCUUCAGAAAAUUCAAGCUGAUUUUUUGUGUUUGUCCCCCCCCCCAAAAAAAAAUCCACGCGCUGUUCGGUUUAGUUGACAGUGAAAUAUUUUACGUUAUAUUUACACCACCUCUCAGCGAUGAGACACUUUUUCUCCACCAGUGCUCCACGUCUGAGCCCAAAUCCGCAACCUGAUUGGUUAAGAGUGGAGGAGGAAACACCCCUCACGUCACUCAAAAAGAACGUGCUUCGAAACGUGUGUUUGCGGGUUGAAAGUGUGAAAGCAGCCUGCGGUGUGUGACGAACUACAACUAAAGCGAUUGUAAGAACUGAAAUAUCUCAAUAUUGCAUUAAAAAUAAAUAAAUAAUUAUUUUACAGAAAUAAUGAAAUUAUACAACGUGAAGCUUGCUCGCGCUCAGCGUCGUGUGAGGACCUGUUUCUCCCGCACCAGGGCUAUGUGUAUAGUAUAUAAAUACAGAGCUAUAGAUAUGUAACUGUAUGUCUUUUAUGUUUGUUUUUUUUUCAUGAAUGUCCGUUUCUCAUCCGCACACGCCGAACUCCUCGCUCAUGAACACUGCAUAUCUUUCUCUGAUGAAAUGAUGACUGUCUGUGUAAAGAUUUAAAAAAUGUUUUUGAGAUUAAUAUACGAGAUAGCGCCUUUACAUUUGUUUUUCUUUGGAAAUUAUUAAACUUGAAUUAAAAGUGA